AUGUUGAUCAUUGAUUCUGAACCAUACCAGGACAAAGCUGCCGGUAGGUCCUCCAACGGUUACCGUAAGAAGGAUGUUGGUCUCUACGCCAUAAACUACGGUAAUGUCUACGUUGCCUCUGUAGCCAUCUACUCUUCUUACACCCAGGUAUUGCAAGCUUUCAUUGAAGCCGAAAAGUUCAACGGUCCAUCGAUUGUGUUAGCCUACUUGCCAUACAACAAGGAAACCGACAACACCUUGUCCAUCUUGCAAGAAACGAAGAAGGCUGUGGACAGCGGUUACUGGCCAUUGUACAGAUAUAAUCCUAGCAUAGAGAGCGAGGCUGACUCCUUCAAGUUGGACUCUUCCAAUUUGAGAAAGCAGUUGAAAGAAUUCUUGGACCGUGAAAAUAAGUUGACUUUGUUGGCCGCCAAGAACCCUGUUUUGUCUAGAAACUUAACUGCUACUGCUACUUCUGAAGUCAAAAAGCAACAGAAGAAGGUAGCUGCCGAUUCCUAUGCCAAGUUACUUCAAGGUCUUUCUGGUCCACCAUUGACUGUCGCCUUUGCUUCAGAUGGCGGCAAUGCUGAAGCUGUUGCCAAAAAAGUAAACAGACAAGCCUUGGGUAGAGGGUUGAAAUCGGUAGUGUUGGCUAUGGAUGACUUGUCAAUUGAAGAUUUGCCUACUGAAACCAACAUUGUCUUCAUUACCUCUACUUCUGGUCAAGGUGAGUUCCCAACAAACGGUAAGCAGUUCUGGGACGGUUUGAAGAACACCACCGACUUGGAGUUGUCUACUGUUAAAUAUUCUGUUUUCGGCUUGGGUGACUCUCAGUACUGGCCCAGAAAGGAAGACAAGCAUUACUACAAUAAGCCAGCUAAAGACUUAGAAUCCAAGUUGAAACUCUACGGUGGUAUUGAAUUGGCUGAGAUUGGUUUGGGUGACGACCAGGAUGCUGAUGGAUUCAACACUGGUUUCAACGAGUGGAUUCCAAAGAUUUGGAAGGCGCUUGGAGUUGACAAUGUUGAGGGAGUCGAAGAACCAAAACCAAUCACCAACGAAGACAUGAAAAUCAACUCUGAUUUCUUGCGAGGCACCAUUGUAGAAGGAUUGAACGAUCAGUCUACUGGUUCUAUUAGUGCUGUUGAUCAACAGUUGACCAAGUUCCACGGUAUCUACAUGCAAGAUGAUCGUGAUAUUAGAGACGAACGUAAGAGUCAAGGGUUGGAGCCAGCUUACGCUUUUAUGGUUCGUGUUAGAUUGCCUGGAGGACAAGCCUCUCCAGCCCAGUACUUGAAGAUGAACGAAUUGUCCGACUUCAGAGGUAACGGGACCUUGAAGAUCACCACCAGAGCCACCUUCCAGUUGCACGGUGUUGUCAAGCACAAUUUGAAACCAGCUAUCAGAGGUAUGAAUGCUUCCUUGAUGGAUACUUUAGCUGCCUGUGGUGAUGUUAACAGAAACGUCAUGGUUUCUGCCUUACCCCACAAUGCUAAGGUACAUGCUCAAAUUUCCAGUAUUGGUGCUAAGAUCUCAGAACAUUUGUUACCAAAUACUACUGCUUAUCACGAAAUCUGGUUACAGGGCGAAGAUGAAAGUGACAAGCCAGGUGACAGAGACAACUGGGAAACUCGUAAGAAUGGUCCAACCAAGACCAAGACGUUGGUUGCUGGUAACGCUUUAGCUGAUCUUGAGCCUCUUUAUGGUAGUACUUAUUUACCAAGAAAAUUCAAGAUCGUUAUCACCGUACCUCCAUUCAAUGAUGUCGAUGUUUAUGCUCAUGACAUUGGUUUGAUUGCCAUUGUGAUCAACAACGAAGUCAUUGGUUUCAACAUGUUAGUGGGUGGUGGUAUGGGUUCGACCCAUAACAACAAGAAGACAUACCCUAGAACCGGUUCCAUGUUUGGUUUCGUUCCUGUUGACAAGAUCCACUUGGCUUGUGAGAAGGUGAUGCUUGUACAGAGGGACUUUGGUGAUAGAACCAACAGAAAGCACGCCAGAUUGAAGUACACAAUUGACGACAUGGGAGUUGAUAUUUUCAAGGGUAAGGUCGAAGACUUGUUGGGCUUCAAAUUCGAGGAACCAAAAGAAUUCAAGAUCGAGUCCAACAUCGACUACUUCGGUUGGUGCAAGGAUGAAUUGGGUUACAACCACUUCACAUGCUUCAUCGAAAACGGUAGAAUAGAAGACACUGCUGAACUUCCUCAAAAAACUGGUUUGAAGAAUAUUGCCGAAUACUUAAACGGUGGCAGAUCUGGUGAGUUCCGUUUAACUGGUAAUCAGCACUUAGUCAUUUCCAACAUCGAGGACGCAGACUUGACCCAUGUCAAGUCUUUAUUGGCUGAGUAUAAGUUGGACAACACUGAUUUUUCCGCCUUGAGAUUGUCUUCAUCGUCUUGUGUUGCUUUCCCUACCUGUGGUUUGGCUAUGGCUGAAUCUGAACGUUACUUGCCAGAGUUGAUCACCAAGUUGGAAACCUCUUUGGAAGAGUUCGGCUUGAGACAUGACUCUGUGGUGAUGAGAAUGACAGGUUGUCCAAACGGUUGUGCUAGACCAUGGCUUGCUGAAGUUGCCUUGGUUGGUAAAGCUUAUGGAGCCUACAAUUUGAUGUUAGGUGGUGGACACCAUGGUGAGAGAUUAAACAAGAUCUAUAGAUAUUCUAUCAAGGAAGAUGAAAUAUUAGACAUCUUGUUGCCAUUGUUCAAGAGAUGGAGUUUGGAAAGAGAAGAAGGCGAACCAUUUGGUGACUUCGUUAUUAGAAUCGGAAUCAUCAAGCCUACUACCGAAGGUAAAUACUUCCACGAUGAUAUUCCCGAAGAUGCUUAAUGUUUCAUUUCGACACAUAUACAAUAGAUUCAUGAACAUAUCCCUAUAAUUCUGCAUUAUCUUUUAUACUAUUUAAUAAAAAUGUUACUAUAUUA